CUACAAUAUUUCAUCUUUAGAUUGAAAAACAAAGCCUAAAGAAAGCGGUUUGAUAAGAUAUGGGGAAUCAAAUGCAGAAGAUCUCAGAUGCGAGGAAUCAAAAGCAGACGAGUUUCACGUUUGAGAUAGAUAACUUCUCGGAGAAGAAAGCUGAGAUAUCGUCUCCUUUAUUCGGAUGCGGCGGAUGCGAAUGGUAUGUUACCGUUCAUCCCAUGGGAGACCAUUGCUGUGAUCACUUGGCUGUGUACAUGAAUGUUGCCAGAACUAAAUCAUUUGGAACUGAAUGGAAAAGGAGAGUUAGUUAUCGCUUUGUUUUGUUGAAUCAGUCGGGCAAAGAGCUCCAGACAUUUGGAACACCUAGUAAUGUUCCUAUCUAUCGUGUUUGA